CAACACUCUCAUCGGGCGUGCAGUGCAGACAUACACAUCUCGGUACGCCGACUACAGGAAGUCUCGCUCAGAUAUACAAGCAAUGCUCAGUCCUUGACACACUCCGGGUGCUCAGGCUUGACGCGCUCUCCUCCACCAGGCAGGCCCACCCCUCAACGCCCGUCCUCGACUACUCUCAUAAACAAAAAAAACCAUGGCGAUCAAACACGCCACUCCGGUCACCGUGUCCCUGCACGACCUGCAGUCCAACAACAUCCCAUCCUCGACGCUAACAUCCGCAUUCGGCCCCGACAGUCUCGGAAUCCUCGUCGUCAAAGACCUUCCCCCGUCCUUCCCAUCCCUGCGCACCCGCGUCCUCUCGAAUUCCUCACGCCUAGCAUCCUUACCUCCUUCAACCCUCGCAAACCUGACGAAACCUCAGGCAAAGUACCUGGUCGGCUGGUCCCACGGCGUCGAGACCCUGCGGCCCGGCGUGGUCGACACCGCCAAGGGGAGCUACUACAUCAACUGCGCGUUCUACCGGGACCCGAGCCUGCAAGGCGCGGAUGGCACCAAAUUCCCGGGCUUCGAGGAGUACACGGCACCGAACGUAUGGCCUGCGGACGAGGACGUUCCGGGGUUCAAGAGCGAUGCGGAGGAUCUAAUACGCUUGAUCAUCGACACGGCCGUCCUGGUGGCGAGGGCGUGCGAUCGGUUCGCCGAGACCGAGAUCGAGGGCUAUCAGGAUGGAUAUCUGGAACGCGUGGUCCGGGCCAGCACGACGACAAAGGCCAGGCUUUUGCAUUACUUCCCCAUCGAGGAGCAACAACAACAAUCACAGUCACAAACACAAAGGCGACCGAACGGCGCUCUAGAACAGAAUGGCCACAGUCAGACAAAUGGCAGCACCACACCAAAACAGCCAAAGGAAGAAAAUGAAGAAGGGGGGAAAGAAGUCGAUGACUCCUGGUGCACCACGCAUCUCGACCACGGCUGUCUCACCGGCCUCACGAGCGCCAUGUUCUUGGACGAGUCUUCCGACCCACACGCUCUGGACGAGUUGCCUUCCUCCCCGGACCCGUCCUCGGGCCUAUACAUUCUCAACCGCGCGGGCGUGAUCCACAAAGUCGCCAUCCCCCGAGACUGUCUGGCCUUCCAGACCGGCGAGGCGCUCGAGCUCAUCACACAUGGCAAAUUCAAGGCCGUGCCCCAUUUCGUCAGGGGUGUCGACCCGCGGAACUGUGCUGCGGGGAGUAAAAUCGCGAGGAACACGCUCGCCGUGUUCACGCAGCCGAAUCUCGAUGAGCCGGUGGAUUCGGAGACGGGUUUGACCUUUGGCGAGUUUGCGAGGGGCGUGGUCAAGAAGAACACGGCCGCGUAAUGACGAGUGGCCACUCGUCAGGGAAUCAAGACCCCUUCGUGACAGUAACUACGGUACCUACGGUGAGUACCUAAAGUAGCCUUGACCUUACCUAGGUAAGUUCGGAUUUGCGUUCAGCAAAAGUAUGCAGAAACAAAGUUCAACAGCGCUCCCUUACCUUAGCAACAGAUACUCGUACCACUACGCCCUGCCAUUAGCUUUGGAUGCGGGACAAGUGAAAGAACAUUCUGUCAGUUGAUAAUAGAUACCC